CCACACUCUAUAGAAUCUAUGAAUGGGUUGAAGACUUAGCGUAGACUUUAACACCUUAUAGCAAUCCAUUUUCGAUCAUACUGAACCACAGCCAGAGUGAAAUUAAGGAACACAUGAACGAAGCGACUACUAUCUCUGCGCUGGAUGCAGGCUGUCUGUCGUGUAUACUAUCAUUUACUACACCUCGCGAUGCGUGCAGAGCAGCCACAAUCUCUAAAGGAUUCAAUUCAGUGGCAGAUUCUGACUCCGUUUGGGAGUGGUUUCUGCCGCCGGAUUACCGUGAAGUCAUCGCAAGGGCAGUAUCUCCUGUGGCUUUUGAAUCUAAAAAGAAACUUUACCACCAGUUGUCGGACACACAUAUCCUCCUCGAUGGUGGUCGUUUGAGCUUCAAUCUAGACAAGGAGAGUGGUAAAAAGUGCUAUAUGAUGCGGGCAAGGGACUUACAUAUUGCCUGGGAGAAUGACGAUCGUUACUGGAUAUGGGGACAUCUACCCGAGUCAAGGUUUGAGGAGGUAGCCAUGCUUAAAACUGUAUGCUGGCUUGAUAUCCGAGGUGUAUUAGCAACUUCGACGUUGUCACCAAAGACUAUCUAUUCAGCGUAUCUUGUAUACCGAAUUACUAGAUUUUCUGAGGAGCUUUAUGUUCCAGGAGAAGCAAAGAUAAUGUUUGGUGGGGUAGUGACAGUGACACGUGGUGUUUAUCUUCAACAACCGCACACACAUGCACAGGCACAGGUAAUUCCUUCUACAAGGAAGGAUGGAUGGAUUGAGGUCAAGUUGGGUGAAUUCAACAAUAAUGAUGGAGAUGAAGGUGAAGUUAGGGUGGCAUUUACCAAGCAUGAGACAUUCUGGAAAACUGGUCUUAUUUUGGAAGGCAUCGAGUUUCGACCAAAAUAGUGUAUUAAAUAAUUGCAGCGGAUACACCACAGAGGUUUGCAUGUCGUGGCCGAUUAUAUUUUGUUUGUUAUAUUGAGACGUUGAUUCUCUUAAUUAUGAGUGUUGUGUUUACUUUUGGAAUUGAGUAUUUUAUCCUCGAGAAAAGAGGUUUGCAUGUCAUUGGGCGAUUAUAUUUUGUUUGUUAUCAUUGAGACGUUGAUUCUGUUGAUUAUGAGUGUUUGGUUUACUUUUGGAA